GUAGGAGUAAUUACAAGCACCGGCUAUCUACUGUAUAUAAAUCCAACCUCCCAAACAUUCUACAAGUCCCAAGCAACCUAUCACUGAAACAGAGAAAGAAACCAAAGAAAAGAAAAUUCACACAAAUAAACUCUGAGAAAAUGUCGUCUCAAAUUACGAAAGAGAUCAGAGAGAGCGCAACAGAGUUCUACGAAGGGGACGAAAUGUGCCAAGAGAAAGCCAAGUUCCUCCUCAAAGAAAUGUGCUUACCAAAUGGUUUGCUCCCCAUUAAGGACAUGGAAGAGUGUGGCUACGUUAAGCCCACCGGUUUUGUCUGGCUCAAGUCCAAGAAGAAGACCGACCACAAGUUCGAGCAGAUCGGGCGCUCGGUCCAGUACUCGACCGAGGUCACCGCUACGAUCGAACCCGGCAAGAUCAAGAAUCUGAAGGGGGUAAAGGCCAAGGAGCUCAUGUUAUGGCUCACUAUCCAUGAGAUUUGCACCGACGAUCCCCCGACCGGGAAGAUCCACUUCAAGAGCACAACCGGGUUGUCAAGGACCUUCCCGGUCUCGGCUUUUGAGGUCGAGGAAAAGGAGGAGGAGAAGAAGGAGAAACCUGCAAAUGGUGAGGUGAAUGCAACUGUGGCAGUGAAGGAAGUGUAACUCUUCUUGUGGUUAUUUGUUUCUUUAAUCUAAUUCCUCCAAAAUAAAGAUUGUACUUUGUCUUUCAUAGACUUUUUAUAUGCUUUCCCACUAUUGUUAUAAUCUUGUUUUCAAUAAUUAAAGAUGAAAUUUAACAAUAUUGAAACCUCUUUUUGAAACACUAUAAAG